UGAAUAGAAAUUCUGAAUCAAUGUUAUAAGAUUGUUCUGAAAGACAAAAUGGUUGGCCAGGUAGACUGAAACAAAGGACAUAAGAUGGCUGCUGACCAGACUUGCUGGAACAGCAGCCUAGGAGCGAAUACACAAUCUCUUGCAGUUACUGUGUAGUCAUGAAUAAAGGAUCACAGGCCCAGUCUGACAAGAUUGAGGAAUACACAACCCCCCCUAGCCAGAAAGACUAAGGAAUGUACUGGUCUGAGAUUAUGCGUGGUUCCUCUAACAUCCCCUUAUAUGGACAUACUUGGUUUCCUGUUUCUCCCAACGUGUUGGUCCUUUGAUCGGGGGGAAUGUGGGAGGUGCUAAACGGUGGCAUUAACAUAUAAAGAGCCUUGCAAUUAAGGGCAGGCAGCUUGACUCUUUGCCAGGUUGUAACCUGUGUGGAGACUCCUGCUCAAUAAAACGUACGUUUAAAGCAACCCUGGUGCCUGGUCGAUUAUUGUCGAAACAACCGAUGUGAGAGAAAAACGUGAAUCAACACAUUUUGGUGUCAGAAGUGGGAUGUCAACCAGCGACUGAUCGAGCCGGCGAGUGAAUCCACUGGGCGACGGGAUCGAUGUGAAGGGUGCGCAGCCAAGUGAGUAGAUUUAGUUAAAUCUCCUCUUGGUCCUUCCUCGUAUCCCGGCGUAGCAGGGUAAUUCGCUGACUUGCGUCAGUUGGUGGGACGACAUCCGAACAUUCCGGUUGUGGGCACGGGGAUAGGGCCGUCUCGAGGAUUAUCCUAGUCUGAUCGAGCGGAUAAAACACCCCGUAGAGGGGGACCGUAGACGGUAUAUAAGAGGAGUGCACUGUGUAUAGGAAGUUAACUAGUUGAAAGAGUUAACAAGUGGUGAGUGUUAACCGAGACCAAGGUACCCCCGUAUCUCACAGAAAGUCCGCUUUAAAGUGGCCGAGUGAGAUACGACGGAACCAAGGACUCACGGUUAACCCUGAAAUUUUGUUGUGAUAAUUGUGUAAUAAAGUUAACUAGUGUUGAGACGUUAACUGAGACCAAGGUACCCCCAUAUCUCACAGAAAGUCCACUUUAAAGUGGCCGAGUGAGAUACGGAGGAACCAAGGGCUCUAGGUUAACCCUGAAAGAGUUAGCAAGUGGUGAGUGUUAACCGAGACCAAGGUACCCCCAUAUCUCACAGAAAGUCCGCUUUAAAGUGGCCGAGUGAGAUACGACGGAACCAAGGACUCACGGUUAACCCUGAAAUUUUGUUGUGAUAAUUGUGUAAUAAAGUUAACUAGUGUUGAGACGUUAACUGAGACCAAGGUACCCCCAUAUCUCACAGAAAGUCCACUUUAAAGUGGCCGAGUGAGAUACGGAGGAACCAAGGGCUCUAGGUUAACCCUGAAAGAGUUAGCAAGUGGUGAGUGUUAACCGAGACCAAGGUACCCCCAUAUCUCACAGAAAGUCCGCUUUAAAGUGGCCGAGUGAGAUACGACGGAACCAAGGACUCACGGUUAACCCUGAAAUUUUGUUGUGAUAUUGUGUGUAAUAAAGUUAACUAGUGUUGAGACGUUAACUGAGACCAAGGUACCCCCAUAUCUCACAGAAAGUCCACUUUAAAGUGGCCGAGUGAGAUACGGAGGAACCAAGGGCUCUAGGUUAACCCUGAAAGAGUUAGCAAGUGUUGAGUGUUAGCCGAGACCAAAGUACCUCCGUAUCUCACAGAAAGUCCGCCUUAGACUGGUUGUUAAGAGAGGAAAUCCUCCACGCGAAGGUCAGGAAUUGAAGUGACCGAGUGAGAUACGGUGGAACCAAGGACUCGCGGUUAACCCUGAAAUAUUGUGUGUAAUAGUAAUAAGUUUAAAAAUGGGUAAUGGUAUGGACACCAGUUGUCACCCAGACCGGCCAUUACAUCAGCUAUGUUUCUUGCAUCCAGAAAUGGAGGAGACCUUUAGGCGUAUGUCGGGAGGACUCUUUCAUAAACUGGGGAAGGAUGAAUGGCCUGAAGGGGGUUAUGAGUGUGUUAUCAAGAGCCCAAAGUGUAAUAUGGAGAACGGAUAAAAAAAAAAAAAAAAAAAAAAUGUAAAAAGGCCAUUCAGUUGUGGAUCGAUCAUUGUAACAAAGAAAAGGCACGGUCUUUAACGGCCAGUUGGCAGAGUAAUGCCUUGAAACUAGGAAUACCCCUGACCGAGGGGGGUCAGGAGAAGUCAGUGACAGUAUUAAAACAGGAAUGCAGGCAUGCUAAGGAAAGUAAGGAUCGUCAGGAGAGAGAGACAAAAUAUGGCCAAGGUAGAUAAAGACUUACGUAAGUCGGUGGCUGGCAUAGAUUUGGGAGGUGACGACGAGGAGGAGGUAGAGGAUUAUCCUUGGGGUGUCCGUGGAGCACCCCCGUUGAACCAGCCUGCCCCCGUUGCCAGUCCUGUGUAUCCUCCUGCCCUCUGCGGUAGCCGUAAUCAAAUGUGCGGCCCACACGACAGGAGAUUCCCCGGUCCAAAUCGGUAACAGGUUGGCUGACGAUGCGGCUAAGUGUGCUUCACGCGGUAGAUUUAAAGUGGUGGGUAGUAUGAUGAGGCAGGUGAAAAGCCUUUAUAUGGGCUCGUCUGAAUCUGAGAAACCUAUGCCAACCAUAAAUGAUGUAUUGCUCUUACAGGGGGACGCCUCUGCUAAUGUUAUAAUGGAAUGGGAGCAGCUGGGCUGUCGGAAGGCUGACUCUGGAUUGUGGCUCACGCCGGCCGGACAGACCUGUAUGACAGACCAGUUAGCGACCUGGGUCGUUGAUUGCCUACAUUUAGCCACUCACUGUGGGGCCACCUUGCUAGUAGACGCUCUCUUACAGGCAUGGUGGCAUCCUCGACUUAAGGUUUUGGCAGCCCAAACUAGUGCGCGGUGCCUCACCUGUGCUACACACAACCCUGGUAAAGGAGUUGUCUGCCAGACGGGUCGUACUCCAUUACCUACUGCUCCGUUUGAAACCUUGCAGAUGGAUUUUAUUGAUUUGCCUAAGUGUCAGUGUUAUAAACAUGUACUUGUUAUUGUUGAUGUGUUUUCUAGGUGGAUUGAAGCCUUUCCAACCACUGAUUGCACUGCCUCUACGGUGGUGUCUAUUUUAUUACGGCAGGUUGUUCCUCGUUUCGGGGUUCCAAACACCAUCAGUUCGGAUAACGGCCCUCACUUCAUUGCCGCUAUCAAUAAAGAAUUGUACAGACAGCUGGGCGUAACCCAGCGGCUGCAUUGUGCUUAUCGCCCACAAGCUGCAGGAAUGGUGGAACGCUUGAACCAGACCCUGAAGACCAAGCUUGCCAAGCUGGUGGACCAAUCAGGCUCCACCUGGGUUAAAAUGUUGCCUGUUGCUUUGUUCCAGAUCAGAGUCCUUCCAGCAGGGAAGACAAGGUUGUCUCCUGCAGAGAUCAUCUAUGGCCGACCUCUGCGCACCCCUUGGACAGACAUUAUCCCGGCCACAAUGACGUUGCAUCACAUGACGGAGGAGAUGAUACGAAAUAAAUCACUGAGAUCAGGGUCUUUGUGGCAUUAAUAUGUGUGGCGACCACUGCCAGGUUAAUCGGUUUUGGCUGGAAAUGGACAAAGCCUGAACACGGACGGAACAAACGAGGAAAAGAGAGGGGAACGAGAAAACUCCAAUUUAUUCAUCCAGGCACACAACGAGCUAUUCGGGAAGGGGCAGGUGGUUUGUUAUCCACAAAUGACAUCAGUUACCUCCCUGUUUACCCCAUCCCCUGCAUGGGGCAGAACUGAACGACUGGUGAAGUGCCAGGACAAAAAACCGGUCCCUGUCAAGCCCGAUUAAUGGUGGCCUUAUUGGGUUUGGGGACCACCCCCGAGGAAGCUAAAAGUUCUGUACGAAUGAUGGUCUUACAGCGUGAGCAGCAGAGACUGUUACCAUUCCCCAACGACAGCGAAAACGAUGAAGUGCGUGAGGAAGGAGAAUUGGGGAUAAAGGUUGGACGGUCCAAGAAGCCUUGGCCAGGGAACUAAAAGGUUACGAGUUUUGGCGAAUGGGACUUUUAAAUGGACUAUGAGUGUUGCCAUAAGAAUGGCAAAAGGGGGGAAUGAUGAAUAGAAAUUCUGAAUCAAUGUUAUAAGAUUGUUCUGAAAGACAAAAUGGUUGGCCAGGUAGACUGAAACAAAGGACAUAAGAUGGCUGCUGACCAGACUUGCUGGAACAGCAGCCUAGGAGCGAAUACACAAUCUCUUGCAGUUACUGUGUAGUCAUGAAUAAAGGAUCACAGGCCCAGUCUGACAAGAUUGAGGAAUACACAACCCCCCCUAGCCAGAAAGACUAAGGAAUGUACUGGUCUGAGAUUAUGCGUGGUUCCUCUAACAUCCCCUUAUAUGGACAUACUUGGUUUCCUGUUUCUCCCAACGUGUUGGUCCUUUGAUCGGGGGGAAUGUGGGAGGUGCUAAACGGUGGCAUUAACAUAUAAAGAGCCUUGCAAUUAAGGGCAGGCAGCUUGACUCUUUGCCAGGUUGUAACCUGUGUGGAGACUCCUGCUCAAUUAACGUACGUUUAAAGCAACCCCGGUGCCUGGUCGAUUAUUGUCGAAACAACCGAUGUGAGAGAAAAACGUGAAUC